AUGAAUCCGAACAUGUACGGGCCACCGCCCACGCAAUUCCAGCAGCAACAGCCCCAGUUUGGCGCUCCUCCUCCGUCGAUUCCCGGAGGCUGGCCACCGCAACAACAACCGCAGCAGCAGCAGCUGCCGCAGCAACAACAACUGCCUCCGCAGCAGCAGCAGCAGCAACAACCACAGUAUGGAGCACCACCACCAACGUCAGCGGCACCACAGUCUUACCUCAAUGGCAACUACCAGCAGCAGCUGGCCACGUCGAUGGGUGGUUUAAGUAUGGGCGGCGGCGGUGGUGUUGGAGCCAAUCCCCUGAAGCCACCGCUCCCCCAAGGAGCUCCCGCUGCUGCAGCUCCACCGCCAACCGGUUUCAAUCAGUUCAACUCGAAUGCGGCGCCACCCCCGACCAACAACAACAAUGCUGCGUACGGUGCUCCACCACCGACGCAAACUGGUGGCUAUGUCAACGGAGCCCUUCCGCCCAGCAGCACUCCGCAGAGCGUGCCCAGUGGGAUUAACCAGAUGAGCUUGAACAGCGCCAGUUUGGCGGGAUUGCCGCACAUGCCGCCACCGAAAGCGGCGACGCCUGGAGCUCCUUCUGGCCAGCCUCCAGUUCCUGGAGCUGGUUCCUCCCAACAACCUCUUCCCGGACAACCGCAACUGCCUGGACAGCCACCCCUUCCCGGUCAGAUUCCCACCUCCCAGCCUGCUCCCGGCCCCUUUGGAGUGCCCAGUUCGCGACCUGGACAACCUCAGCUGCCCCCUGGAGCCGCUCCUCCGACCUACACGCAACCGGGAUUGCCGGCACAGCAGCAGCAGGGAAUUCCGCCAUUGCAGCAACCAGGACUACCAUUGCAGCAGCCGGGAUUUCCCCCACCGCAGCCUGGUUUGCCACCCCCAUCCCAACCGGGUUUGCCACCGCAGCCAGGAGCUCCUUAUGGAGCACCCCAACCAGGCGGAUAUCCAGGUGGCUAUCCAGGACAGGCUCCCGGAGGCUACCCUGGAGCACCACCACCACUUCCAGGGCAACAAGCAGCAGCUCCGCCGCAGUUCGGAGCACCGCAACCGGGCUAUCCGGGUCAACAGCCGGGCUAUCCACCGCAACCCGGUCAGCAGCCCAUGCCAGGAUAUCCACCACAGCCGGGACAACAGGCAGGAGCUCCAGGAUAUCCACCUCAGCCAGGUGGCGGCUAUCCAGGCCAGCCAGGACGUCCUGGAUUUAAUCAACCUCCCAUGCCAGGAGCAGGGAACAUGUACCAGCAGGCACCUCAGCCACGUCGCCUGGAUCCCGACCAAAUGCCGAAUCCAAUCCAGGUGAUGAUUGAAAAUCAGCGUCAGUCUGGCGGACCAUUUGUGACCAAUCAGCCGGGACUGCUGCCUCCACUGGUGACCACCAAAUUCGUGGUUCACGACCAAGGCAACUCAUCUCCGCGCUUCCUGCGCUCUUCGCUCUACUGCAUACCCAACACCGGUGAUCUUCUCAAGACCACAGCUCUGCCUUUGACGAUCAAUAUCUCGCCGUUGGCCAAGACUGCCGAGGGGGAAAUGGAGCCACCGAUCGUGAACUUCGGCGACAUGGGACCAAUUCGUUGUAACAGAUGUAAGGCGUACAUGUCGCCCAACAUGCAGUUCGUGGAUGCCGGCCGUAGAUUCCAGUGUCUGAUGUGCAAAGUUACUUCGGAGGUUCACCCGGACUAUUAUCAGCAUCUGGACCACACUGGACAGCGUGUGGACAAGCAUGAAAGACCUGAGUUGCUGCUGGGCACCUACGAGUUCCUGGCCACCAAGGAUUAUUGCCGGAACAACACUCCCCCGGAGGUUCCCGCCUUCAUCUUCAUCAUCGACGUCUCCUACAACACCGUGAAGUCGGGACUGGUUCACCUGCUGUGCUCCCAGAUCAAGAACAUACUCAAGCAUUUGCCAGUGGACCAGGGUCAAGAUAAAUCCAAGGUGCGAGUGGGUUUCAUCACGUACAACAGCACCGUGCAUUUCUACAACAUUAAGAGCAGUCUGGCACAGCCCCAGAUGAUGGUUGUGGGCGAUGUCCAGGAGAUGUUCAUGCCCCUACUCGAUGGAUUCUUGUGUCAUCCAGAGGAGUCGGCAGCUGUAAUCGAUGCUCUGAUGGAGGAGAUUCCUCGCAUGUUUGCGGAUACCAAGGAAACGGAGACGAUUCUGUAUCCUGCCAUUCAAGCGGGCUUGGAGGCACUCAAGGCUUCCAAUGCAUCCGGAAAGCUGCUGGUGUUUAACUCCACGCUGCCCAUUGCAGAGGCACCCGGCAAGCUGAAGAAUCGCGAUGACCGGAAACUCCUGGGCACGGAUAAGGAGAAAACUGUGCUCACACCGCAAACGACGGCUUACAACACAUUGGGUCAGGAGUGCGUCCAGCAAGGCUGUUCCGUGGAUUUGUUUGUGUUUAACAAUGCCUAUAUCGACCUCGCCACUAUUGGACAGGUCUCUCGGUUAACUGGAGGCGAGGUGUUCAAGUACACCUACUUCCAGGCGGACAUAGAUGGCAAGCGACUGAUCCAGGAUAUCAUUAAGAACGUAUCGCGACCGAUUGCCUUCGAUGCGGUGAUGAGGGUGCGCACAUCGGCGGGCAUCCGACCCACGGAGUUCUACGGCCACUUCUUCAUGUCCAACACCACUGAUGUGGAACUGGCCAGUAUUGACGCCACCAAGUCGGUGAGCAUUGAGAUCAAGCAUGACGACAAGCUGCCGCCAGAGGAGAACGUAUACCUUCAGGUUGCUCUGCUGUACACUUCCUGCAGCGGGCAGAGGCGUCUGCGUGUCCUUAAUCUGGCACUGCGCGUUACCACGACGAUUGCGGAAGUCUUCAAGAGCUGUGACCUGGACGCGAUGAUGCUGUUCUUCGCCAAGCAAGCCUGCUUCAAGCUGAUGGAGCACUCACCCAAGCAGGUGAAGGAUAACCUGAUCCAUCGAUCGGCGCAGAUCCUGGCCUGCUACCGCAAGCACUGCACCUCGCCCACUUCCGCCGGCCAACUGAUCCUUCCCGAGUGCCUCAAGCUGCUGCCGCUGUAUGCCUCGUGUUUGCUGAAAAACGAUGCUAUUUCCGGUGGAUCGGAUAUGACGCUGGACGAUCGAUCCUAUGUUAUUCAGUUUAUUUUGUCCAUGGAUCUAAAUCAAUCCGUCAGUUACCUGUAUCCCCGUUUCAUUCCCAUCCACAACGUUGUGCCCGAGGAGACGGAUUUGCCGACUCCCCUUCGCUGCACGCAUGAAAAGACGCAAGAGGAUGGCGCCUACAUCCUGGAGAAUGGAGUGCACCUGUUCGUCUGGCUGGGCCAGUCCCUGUCACCCAACUUUGUGCAGUCUGUCUUUGGGGUCCAGGGACUGCAGCAGAUUGCCCUGGAGCGGUUCAACAUUGUGCCAGAGACGCCGCUGGCCAAGCGCAUACACGGCAUUCUGGAGCAGAUUAUGAAGGAGCGAUCACGCUACAUGAGGAUAACCUGGCUGCGACAGAACGACAAACUGGAGAGCGUUUUCCGACACUUCCUCGUCGAGGACCGCGGCACAGACGGCUCGGCCAGCUACGUGGAUUUCCUGUGUCACAUGCACAAGGAGAUCAAGGAUCUGCUGAGUUAGCACGCCGGCUACUCUGGCACGUACAAGCCCGAGCAGCGUUGGGCGGACAGCUAUUCCCAAAACAGAGCUCGGAUGCGUCGCCUGUCGUCCAUGCGCAGUCGCCUCGGCAAGUAGGAGGAGCAGAUGGUUAUGGAUCAAGAGCAAGACAGACAGCUGGUGGAACUUCAAUUAUAUUUAAAUAAAAAUACAUAUACAUAUAUAUUAAUUAAUGGCUAUCAUUUUGAGCUUAUUAAUUCUUCCAUUAAUUUUAUUAAAGUUCACAUUUUGCAUUGAUUUACUUUAAAUAUAUAUAUAUAUUUGUAUGUAUUUUUUGAGCGCUGCGCUUAAAACAAACAUUUGUUAAACAAGGCAACUGCUAAUCUGCAAAAUUACUUAGAAAAAUGAUUCUCUUUUAAAAUUCCAGGCAAAUGUUUCAUUGUAAUUACAAAUUACUUGCAAAUUUCCCACAGUUGAAAACUACUAGUUGAUUAUAAUGGAUAGUAUAAGAGCACUCCUUUGUUUACUUCCUUUUUUGGCCUUACCGAUGUUUAUUUUACUGUAUUUUUGCAAUAAUUUGUGCGCUGCGCCCUGCUUUUUAUCAUACUUUAUGUCAUUGAAAGAUUAUUAUAUUAUAACCUAAA